AUGUCUGACUCUACUUCGAACUCUUCUUUGGAUUCUGCUUCGGACUCGGCCUCGGAGUCUGCCUCUGACAGCGACGGUCCUCAGUUGCCAUUCCGCAGCAGCCGCAGCGCCGCGAGACGCAGACGCAGAGCCCGUCAGAUGCAAGAACGGCGUCUCUAUGAAGCCGAUCUCCCUGAUCAUGACGAUGAUGACUCUGAUGAUGGCUCUGCAAGCGAGUCUUCGGUGCAGUGGGCUACGACCCUUUACGCCACUCCCGAGCAGCUGAGAAACCUGCCUCCUCUUCCUCUCAAUAACUCGAACUACGUGGCCGACAAUGCUUCGAUUUCUCAUCCCGUUAACCCCGUCCCGGACUCUCCUAUCCUUACAGAGUCUAAUUCGGAAGAUUCUGAGACUGGCCUUAGCAACGCUGUCUUCGAUGGUUCUGACAUCGAUGAGGCUGCUUCCGACAUCUCUGAGGGUAGUCUCGCCGAUGUCGUCCCCGAUCCCCGUGUUCUCGAAGCGAUUACCCCUGCGGGUUCUGAGCGAAACCCCAUCGUGAUCAAGAGCGCUCGCAUCAUCACCAGAAUGAGAGCCAGAAUUACGGAGAACCCUGCCACCGCCAUUCAAGAGCGCCGGAGUGCCAUUGCGACCAUCGGCGAGAUCUUUCCGUUGCGCUCACUGACUUAUGGUGGUGGCCUUUUCACUCCGUUCCAGCCCCUUGGCGUGUGGCAUGAAGACAUCCUUCUUAGCGACAUAAACGCCUCAUUGGCACUGGAGCUGGCUUUCAGCCGUCUGGUCGAGUGGUCCGAUACCGUCAGGGCCCUCAGGGAUCUAACGCGACAACUCACUGAAGAGUUGGGUCGAAUUAAUCAGGAGCUACAUGGUGUUCGCGAGAUGUUGGAGGGUCGACACCAUGUGCAGUCGACACCUUUGCUUACACAGUCCGAGUUGAGCGACAUUAACAACACUGUCCUUAGCCCUCGCGAGCUGCGCAUCGAGAUCGUCGAGUUCGUAGCCAGGGAAGUGGGCUUCAUUGUUGCCUCGACUUACAUCAACCGCUACCACCUAUACCUCCUGGAGACCCUCUCCUAUCGCCCCCAUCUUAUCAUCGCGACGCUGUGUUGGGCAACUGCAUUGGCUUUGUUGUUCUACUUGUUCUUUGCUGUGAGAUUCUGA